AUGGACGCCUAUUCAAGGUACAACCAGAUUUUCAUGGAACCUGCCGAUAGCGAGCAAACGACAUUCAUCACCGACCGCAGGUUGUACUGUUACAAUGUCAUGCCUUUCGGCCUGAAAAAUGCGGGGGCAACUUAUCAACGGCUCGUCAACCGAAUUUUUGCUGAGCACAUCAGCGGCAUUAUGGAGGUGUAUGUCGACGACAUGUUAGUGAAAAGCCGAACGGCAAGGGGGAAUCUGGAAAACUUGGCCCUCGUGUUCGAUAUACUAAAGCAAUACCGAAUGAGGUUGAACCCAACGAAGUGCGCCUUCGGUGUGUCUUCGGGGAAGUUUCUUGGAUUCAUGGUCAUCCAAAGAGGAAUUGAGGCCAAUCCCGAGAAAAUCAAAGCCAUAAUCGACAUGGAGACGCAGAGGACACAGAAGGACAUUCAAAGCCUUACCGGACGUGUCGCUGCCUUAACAUGCUUUAUCUCCAAAGCGACCGAUAAAUAUGUACCGUUUUUCAAAGCCUUGAAAGGGGGCAAACAACAUAUCGCGUGGACUCCCGAAUGUGACCAAGCAUUUCAAGAGUUGAAGAACUACAUGGGCAAGGCACCACUGUUGCCAAAACCGCUUCCCGGAGAAGUUCUCCUCCUCUACCUUUAA